GAUAAGCCCACCUGUAUAUUACACCCCCUUUGGUUUGCGCGGUCAACGGGGUCGACCGACGAACACGCCGACACUUGGCAACUCGAGGAAGGGCAAGCGUCGAUGGUGCAAUCGCCAUCGCAGAAUGCAGCUUCGCAGCCAUCGCCUGCCGCAGUUCCAGCGCCCACCACCCAUUCGGCGAUGAUGAUGCAGAUGAUGCAGAUAAUGCAACAGCAACAGAUUGCAGCGAUUUGCAUUGCAGUUGCAAAUGUACGAUUUCAGCAUCGAGUAUGUGCAGACCGAGAAGUUUGGCAAUGUGGACGUGCUUUCGAGACUGAUUAAUGAGCACGCAAAACCGGAUCCAGAAUACAUCAUCGCAAGCGCUGAUGACGUUGCGAAGGCCACGGCAUCCGAUCCGGUGCUGCGACAAGUUUACAAAAACAUCAUGGAUGGGUGGCCCCAAAACAUCACCUACGCUACAGAACUGGCUUGUUUCUACCACAUAGGCGAGGCCCUCACCACGGUCCGAGGUAGCAUUCUGUUCGGGGAAAGGGUGGUAAUCCCAACCAAACUUCAGCAGCGGUGCCUAAAACAGCUGCAUGAAGGGCACCCAGGAAUCCAGAGGAUGAAGUCCAUAGCUCGGAGUUAUGUUUAUUGGCCGUCAAUAGACAGAGAUGUAGUAGACUAUGUUUUAUGUUCUAUUAUAUUUAUAUAAUUUAUUCCUGUUUAAGUAUAUUACGUGUAUACGCUGGAGGAUAGUAAGCUGUUGCUCCGAACGCGUCGCGGAUCCGAAUGCCCCUUAAUCUCUUCUAAUCUCUCUCACUCGACCUCUCCCUACG